AUACAACUUCUUGAGAGUCGCGAGCGAGACGACGGCGUGAAGUAGACCAGAAACUCAGCAAGCUUAUUGCGACAAUUCGUACAAAGCCCAAAUUUCAUAACCUUCUUCUUCCACCGACUAGAAAUGAGUUAAUGGCCGCAGCAAACACAGAUCCUAUUGUUGUGAUCAAUUUGGACCGCCAUCGGUGCGACGCCUUCAUUAUCGAGAGUAGUCGAAUUAGGACGCUCAAACUACCCGAUCUCUCGGUGAAAGAUGUCGUCGGAUGGGUUCUUUACCUUUGGUCGUUCCCUAAUAUGAAUAUGACGCCAAUGUUAGAGUGGCUCUGGACGGCAGUGUGCCGCCCAUGUUUAGACGCAUUGGGGUUUUCAGCCCCGGCGUCCAGCGACACUUGUCCUCGCGUGUGGUGGAUUCCUACGGGGCCUCUCAACCAGCUGCCGUUGCAUGCAGCCGGAUUCCAUUCGCCGGGGUCUACCGACACGGUCAUUGAUAGAGUUAUGUCUUCGUAUGCCUCGUCAAUCAAGGCCUUGGUACAUGGUCGUAAACCCCAACUUCAUAACAUUACCAAGUCUACAUCUAACCGGGCUCUCUUGGUCACCAUGUACACAACGCCAGGGCUAGAGGCGGAUGGAAUUCUCCCAUUUGCUACAGAAGAAGUGAAAGUCUUGACAGAUCUUUACCUACGUGAUCAUAAAAUUCAAGAAAACCAGCCAUUCCUUGGCUACCUGUCUGCUUGCUCGACAGGAUCUAACAGAGCUAUAAACCUUGCCGAUGAAGCAAUCCAUCUCAUCGGCGCCCUCCAACUCGCAGGUUUUCGACACGUCGUGGGUACGCUCUGGAAAGUAUCGGACGAGCACUGUGUUGAUGUGGCGAGAGACCUGUACAAGACUACGAGACGAGACGAGAGGAUGACAGAUAUCGCGGUCUGUCGGGGACUCCACCGAGCCUUUAUAAAACUGCGCGGCAGGAAGAUUAACAAGAUGGCGUGGGAAAGGGAUGCCGAGUUGGUGGAGAUGGAAGGCUUUCACUGGGUUCCCUAUGUACACUUUGGUGUUUAG